AUGAAGAAGAUCUUCAAGGGCCAUUUGCCCUGGGGCUUCCUGGGCUUUAGAAAUGCCAACGCUGAGAACCAAGAAUGGCACAGGUACCUCACGGGCUACAUACCUGUGAAGAAGAUACACAAAGCUGCAAGCAUGGGAGACAUAACCCAAGUGCAGAGAAUGCUCGAAUUUGGGGAUGUGGACGUGAACGUUACAGACCGGAAAAAAAGGACUGCUCUGCACUACGCCUGCGCUCACGGCCAGGCUGAAAUGGCGGCCCUCUUGCUAUGGUAUGAAUGCAACAUUGAAGCCCGAGACAGCGACCUAAGUACAGCUCUGAUCAAGGCAGCACAGCGCCAGCACGAGGAAUGUGUAAAGGUUCUCCUGGAAAACGGUGCUGACUCAAAUGCCAUUGAUGCAAAUCAAAACACGGCUCUCCACUAUGCAGUCUACAACAACAGCACCUCCAUAGCUGCCAAACUUCUGGAGUUCGGAGCAGACACUGAAAUUAAGGCAAAGAAUGGCUACACACCGCUUAUACUGGCAGUGCUGGAAAACAAACUGGAGAUGGUGGAGCUGUUGUUACGGGCCGCGGCCAAUAUAAACGCCCUGGAUAACUACAAGAGGUCUGCCCUCAUCCAUGCUGUGAGAGCUCAGUCUAGAGACAUGAUCGGCUUUCUUCUCCAGCAGGGUGCAGAUGCGUCUUUGGUGGAUGUCUACGGGGCAACUGCACAGAGUUACACUGUUUUUGAAACCUUUCAAGUGCUUUCCAAAGGCCCCAGUUCUACAACAAGAGAGGACAGAUAUAAUUCUGAUGCCAAGGAAGACUGCUUAUCCUGUGCACAAUCCACCCAGGACGGGGAAAGGAUGGCACAAUCGCCAGCGAGGGAGGAGAGCAACAGAGGCGCAGCGGACAAGCUGGGGAGUCUCGCCCCCACACCUAGAACUUCCAAGCCCACAGCAGAAGAAGACGAAAAUAGCGUCAGCUCCAAGACUCCAGUGGUCCCACCACCCCUGCUCACUGAACCCAGCCUCUGGAUUGGUUAUCCAAAAGAUUGGCCUGAACCCACGAAGUUCUCCAGGCAUCCAACAGUCUAUAUCCCAACCAAAUGGAGGGAAGACAUGGAAUCCCGCUCGGUUCCUCUGGACAAAAACAAGCAGCCCUUGGUAGUCUUGUCAGGAAAUGAGGCAAACGUACAGACACACAAGCAGCCAGCCAGGGUUUUCGAGGAACCUGAUGCUAAUGAUUCUGAACCUAUAGAAAAGGAGGAUGCUAAGGAUGAACUAGUAUCACUUAUAGCUCCUCUGGAGGAAAACAAACCACAGAUAAAAGAAUUUUCAGUAACUGAAGCUGUCAAGCUAGAGAGUGACAUUUGAUUAAAAAGACAAGAUGUUUUAGAAUAUGAAGAAAAGAGACUUGAAAGUUGUCAAGAAAGCAUUCUAGAAUCAGCUGAAAGUACUGAAUCCUACGCGAUCCUAAGGCUCCCCACCAAACAAGACCCCAGUGACCCUGCGACCACAGCAGGAAAGAAAGGGUGUGGUUUUCAAACAAAGGACAAGGAUAAGCUGGAGAAGCAUCCCUUGGCACAGAGAGCAUCCCAGCAUCAAGUUAAGCAGAGGGGCUCCCCACCUUUACAACUCCACGAGCAAGACCAGGAGCCAGAGGGGAGCACGGCUUCUGAUGGAGAAGAUGGAUAUUCAAGAUCUGCCAAGGGGCAAGUGCUCAGGGGAGUGUUAAUAGAAGGAGACAGACUGGAAGGUGAAGAUACUGGACAGCUUGCCGAAAACAAGCUAAGCCAGAAGGUCGGUGAGAUCUGUGAAGCUGUCAAAAUUACUGUUCACCAUGAGGAAGAGCAACCACGGGAUGACUCUACAGGAAAAACAUCCCUGAAGUCGGCCACCCCUAAACUGGCCUGGGAUAUGCUUGGCCGUGAAGCCAGAGACACAGCUGCUGCACUGGCCGCUGUAACACUGCAGAACUAUCCCAGACAGAAGGAGGGUGGCCUUAGAAACAUCUUUCCGUCUCCCUCUUUCUCUCAGGUCUUGGAACACAGUGGCCAGUCAGUCACUAAAUCUCCCUUAAUGAAACAUAAAUUAGACCGUGAAAGUAACAAGUCCGAAAUAGAAGAAUUGCUUCAUAAAAGCAAGGAGAAAUCUUCUAAAACUUCAGAAAGUGGGAAGAGUAGCCGUCAAUGCGCAGAAGCGUGUAUGGGAGGAAAGCAAGACGGCCCUGAAUUCAAGAGCCAGUUGCAAAAAACUCUGAGACCAAAACACAUGGCCUGGCAGUUGGAUGGCAGACACAUGUCGAAAUCCAGUGACUCCAAAAGGCUUUCAGAAUCCACAGAAAGGAGUCACACGAGUGAAUUUAACAGUUGGAGUGAUUCUACCCUUCGCGACACUCACAAGAAAAGUAAAGGCACACCGGACCUGACCCAGAAGCCCCUGCACAGUAACUGCGAGGCCCCGGCGCGAACAGCGAGAACUGCCAGUGCCGCGCCGCCUGGUGGCAGGACCGCAAGCGCUUUGGCGGGUGAAGAUCCUCAGGACAGGCUGUCCUACAGUGAGUUCCAAAUAUUAGAGGAAGAAAUCCUGGCCUGGGAGAAAGUAAACCCUGAAAACGAGAGUGUCUCUGAGAAUCUGCCAAACAAGUGUGAGGGGAUCUCCUCUGAUGCCACGGGUCAAAGGGGGAACUGUCUAGAAGAUGAGCACUCAGGAGCAGAAUCAGACUCCGAGGCGACAACCCAGUCAGAACAAAAGAGUCUUGAUGGCACUGAAAAUACCCAGCUGCAACAUAAAGUCCUCUCAAAGACAUGCCCCCAAACACAAAACACAUCUGCAGGUCCAGCCAGGCCAACCCACCCUCAGUAUCAGAAGGAAAGCCCACAAAGCCGUCCUCCUCCUUUGCAUCUGGAGAAAAUGUCUGAAGAGCCCGAAAUAAACAAGAAAUCUGAUGGAGAGGGUGCGCCUGUCCAUCUGGAAGUUCCUGCAGUGAAAGCCCAUGAGAAAGCGUCCUUCACUGGAGACCUAACAGGGAAUAAUGGAGAGCCAGACAAACACAGCUGUGAGUUACAGCACACAGCUAGGGAUGUGUUUGAAAACAUCUGUCCUGACAAAGAACCACUUCCGGGUAGCUAUAGGGGAAGAACUCAGUUCCAGCUUGAAGAAAUGAGCGAGAAGCGGCCGAGUCUGGAGUUGGAAGUCUCAGAGACUCUGUGUCUUAUGGUCACUGACUGUAGUGACGAUGGGUUGAUUGUCAGCAAGAAAGGCAGAAGGACCGAGAAGCUGCUUCCUACUGAAGAGAAAGAUAAGCUUGCUAAACAUACGCGUUGUGAAUUGUUCUUCGGCGUGGUGGCCCAUAACCUCUAUACUAAGCCAUUUCCUCACGGAAAACCCAACACUGCAGCCAUGAGUCUUGAUUCUUUGGCUGAUAUUUAUGAUAGUUUCAACUAUGGCAAACUGUGGAGUGUUUCUGGUUCCUGUAUGAAAGAAAUAAAGAAAACUGGAAGGGAAACACGGACCCCCAGACAACCCAUGAUCACACCAGUAUUUGAGAAGUCCCUUCCAGAAGCUGCUGGCCUGCUGCCGGUGAAGGAAGGCCACCAUCUGAGUGAAAUGGGUCGGGAUGAAGGAAGGCUGACAAAGAGACAAGCUAAAGAGAAGCACAAGGACGUCUACUGCAGCAUCCCAGUGUCUGCAUCUGGUCACCCUAGAACGUCCACUGCAGCAUCCCAGUGUCCGCAUCUGGUCACCCUAGAACGUCCACUGCAGUAUCCUAGUGUCCGCAUCUGGUCACCCCAGGACGUCCACUGCAGUAUCCCAGCCCACUGCACAGGGAUGAGCAAUGGAGGGGUGCUACAAACCAGGAUGGAAACCCAAGUAAAUCAAGUCAAUGAAAUGAAAGAAGUCAACAGCCGAAGUCAGCCUUCUGCGACAGCCGCAGGAAAUGACUCUAGCAGCCUGCUGAAACUCUGGGAUAUGAUUCAUUCAUAUGAAAGACUGAUGGAGCUUAAGAACAGCCACUGCGAACUGCUUACAAGAAAACUUGAGAACAUGGAAAACAGGGCUAGCGGAGUGCAGAGAGAACAGACGGAAAUAAAAUCCUGGUUACCGUAUAGAGGAGGAGAAUGGGAAGACCUCUGCACUUUGAGGUUCCCCUUGAAACCAGGUGAGAAGCAAGAACAUGCUGAGUCUAUGUUUCAACAAAAGAAGGUGCAGCUGAGCAGAAGAGAGGAGCAAUGCGGUGAACAUGUGGAACAGACUCAGCACCCAGAAAUCGGGAAAAUGAUUGCAGAUGCAAAGGCCAUAGAAAACGAUUUGAGACAGCUCUACAAGCUGAGAGAAACUUGGGAAACUACAUAUUACAAGUAUCUACACAUGGUUGUAAAGCUUCAGUUCAUGGAGCAGGAGCUAGCAGCGAUAAAAACAGAACAAAAGAAGUGCGGACGCCUCCUCGAGAGCCACAAGAACUUAGAAGAAGAAGUUCUUCACUGCAGAAGCUGGAUGCAGGAGCACGCGAUCCAAGCAAGAGAUCAAAACAAAACUAAGGAUUUAAGAGAUGCGGAUGAAGUGGUCACGAUAGGUGAGAUGGAACUCAGAAUUAAGACCCUGGAAUCCCAGCUGGAAUCCACGAGGGGAGGAGCUCAGCGCAGUCUCCGGGAAGGAGACUCCGAGCACCAAGCACCGCUGUGCUGGAGAGCGGCCAGUGCUGUGACACAGCCCCUGCUAAGAGAGCUGGGCGAGCAAGCCAGCCCGAGUCAGCGGAAAUAG